AUGGUUAACGUUCCAAAGACCAGAAAGACCUAUUGUAAAGGUAAAGAGUGCAGAAAGCACACUCAACACAAGGUUACCCAAUACAAGGCUGGUAAGGCUUCCUUGUUUGCCCAAGGUAAGAGACGUUAUGACCGUAAACAAUCCGGUUAUGGUGGUCAAACCAAGCAAAUUUUCCACAAGAAGGCUAAGACUACCAAGAAGGUUGUCUUGCGUUUGGAAUGUGUUAAGUGCAAGUACAAGGCUCAAUUGCCAUUGAAGAGAUGUAAGCACUUUGAAUUGGGUGGUGACAAGAAACAAAAGGGUGCCGCUUUGCAAUUCUAA